AUGGAUUUUUUAAAACCUACAUUGAGCUGGAGGUCCGCCGCCUGGCAGCCAGCAUCUCUGAAAACAUUGGCCGAGAACAAUAUUUGGCAUGCUGUCACGCAUGGUAAGGACGGCGAAGUUGAAAAAACUCUAAAGCAAUGGGGCAGUAAAGUAAGUGAAGAUGACAAGGCUGAACUAGUGAACACUUUCCGGAAUUUCGAAGAAGAUAUCGAAAAUAUUCAGUCUCAAACUUGGGAUAUGAUGGACGAUGUACAAAUAGGGGCUGGGUAUUCUCUUCUCUCUAUCGCCAUCUGCCGGAAUUUACUUGAAGACGUCAAAUUCCUGGUUCAGCAGCCGGGCAUUUCCUUAAAUACACCGAGCGGUAGUGAACGCCUUACACCUCUUCAUAUGGCUAUCAUCGGAGAACAUUCCGAUCUAGUUUCCGAAAUUCUUCAUAAUCGCUCAACAGCGCCGUCACAACUAGUCAAUACCCGUGACUCCGAUGGAAAAACAGCACUACAUCACGCAGUAAUGAAGUAUUGCUGGAAGGAAGAAGAGUUUACAGAAGAGAGCAAAACUCGCAAAGAUGUCUUACAACUUCUCAAACAUGGAGCAAAUAUCGACGCACAGAAUCGUAGUUUCCACACACCUCUUCAUCUGCUUAUCAUCCAUGGUCCUGACAGAGAGGAAAUUGAAUUUGCUCGACUCCUUCUAGAAAAUGGAGCUGAAGUGAACACAAAAGAUGAGUACGGUGAGAUAGUCAACACUCAAUACUGCGUUAUUCUAGAAACUGAACGAAGUCUUUAG